CCACUCAAAAUGAUCCACUACUGUCCGACCAACACGUCCAUGGACGUGGUUUGGUUCAAUCAUGGCGUCUCGCAAUGCUUCAUGGAUACCGUCGCGAUGGGAACGAUCGGAGGAUUUCUUCUCAUUUUCGGUACACUGCAGCUGAUCAUGUAUCUGCGCCAUGCAACGGAAAUCGACACGCAACGGAUACGCAAGUCACGUUUGUACAGUUUCCAACUGUUUCUGCUGCUCCUGAUGCCGCUGCUCACCGCGACACGAUUCGUGCUGGAAGGCUUCAUCUUCGAAGGUGCGCAGGUGUACGGUUUCAUGAUCCUAUCGAUCGUAGUAGCCCUAUUUGCUUAUCCGUUCUCUAUCGUACUGCUCGUGAAGGAGCGUUACUAUCAGCUACCUUCCGUACCGACACGUGGCCAUGGAUUGGUUUUGCUCAUCUUCUGGACGUUGGUGUUUAUUGUGCAGAACGUUGCCUUCAUCAAUCUCAAUUACCGCGACGCAUGGUUUCAGCUGGAAACGGUGCGAGAUAAGGUAGAGUUCGGGAUGUUUGUGGCACGGUACACGAUCACCAUGCUACUGUUUGUGAUCGGGCUGAAGGCACCGGGCAUAACGUCCACCCAGUUCACCGAAGAGUACCAAAAUCUGCACCGGGCGCAGGAAAAUCAAUCCACGUUCAGCAACGCGUGGACCAAAAUGCGAACCUUGCUACCGUUCCUGUGGCCCAAAAAGGACGCAUUACUACAGUUUCGUGUAGUUUUCUGCUUCUUGCUGCUUAUAGCCGGCCGUCUCAUUAACGUGUACGUGCAGAUCUAUAACAAAAAGAUCGUCGACAGUCUAACGGAAAAGCCGGCCGUAUUUCGCUGGGACUGGAUACUGCUGUACGUUGGGUUUAAGUUCCUACAGGGUGGCGGUACCGGAUCGAUGGGACUGUUGAACAAUUUGCGCAGCUUUCUGUGGAUUCGCAUCCAGCAGUACACGACGCGCGAGAUCGAGCUGGAACUGUUCCGCCAUCUGCACAGUUUAUCGCUACGGUGGCAUUUGAACCGUAAAACGGGCGAAGUGUUGCGCGUGAUGGAUCGUGGCACGGACAGUAUUAACAACCUGCUGAACUACAUCUUGUUUUCGAUUACGCCGACCAUCGUGGACAUUUUGAUUGCGGUCGUGUUCUUCAUCACGGCAUUCAACUGGUGGUUUGGAUUUAUUGUGUUUUUAACCAUGACGUUGUACAUAGUCUCAACAAUAAUGGUUACGGAAUGGCGCACCAAAUUCCAACGCCGCAUGAAUUUGGCCGACAAUCAGCAGAAGGCCCGUAGCGUCGAUUCGUUGCUCAACUUCGAAACGGUGAAGUACUACGGGGCUGAGCAGUAUGAAGUUUCCUGUUACCGGGACGCAAUUCUCAAGUUCCAGGAAGAAGAAUGGCGCUCGAUUAUCACGCUGAACAUCCUCAACACAAUGCAAAAUAUCAUUGUUUGCGGCGGUUUGCUCGCCGGAUCGAUGCUGUGCGCGUAUCUUGUCGUAUACGAGGAAGGAUUAACCGUCGGUGAUUAUGUACUGUUUGCCAGCUAUAUAAUUCAACUUUACGUACCGCUCAAUUGGUUCGGUACCUUCUACAGAGCAAUCCAGAAAAAUUUCGUCGACAUGGAAAACAUGUUUGAUCUGAUGCGCGAAGAGCAGGAAGUACUGGACGCACCAUCCGCACCCGGACUAGCGGUCGCACGUGGUCGUAUCGAUUUCAACGAUGUUACGUUCGCUUACAACGCAGAACGGCUAGUGUUGCGCAACGUUAGCUUCAGCGUGCCCGGUGGCAAAACGGUGGCCAUUGUCGGUCCAUCAGGCGCGGGCAAGAGUACGAUAAUGCGUCUGCUGUUCCGUUUCUACGACGUCAACAGUGGUUCGAUAUCGGUCGAUGGACAGAACAUAAAAACCGUGCGCCAAGCAUCGCUACGUCAAGCGAUAGGUGUUGUACCGCAGGACACGGUACUGUUUAACAAUUCGAUCAAGUACAACAUCCAGUACGGUCGGGUCGGAGCACCCGAAGCGGACGUCAUCAUGGCGGCAAGGAGUGCCGAUAUACACGAGCGAAUUUUAACCUUCCCGGAACAGUACGAAACGCAGGUCGGUGAGCGUGGAUUGCGCCUGAGCGGAGGUGAAAAGCAACGUGUGGCAAUAGCACGUACCAUUCUUAAGUCACCGUCAAUUGUACUGCUGGACGAAGCUACCAGCGCGCUGGACACACAAACGGAGCGUAAUAUCCAAACGGCACUGGCAAAGGUAUGCGCUAACCGGACGACGAUCAUCAUUGCACACCGGCUCUCGACGAUCAUACAUGCGGAUGAGAUUCUGGUGCUGAAGGAGGGUGCGAUUGUUGAGCGCGGUCGGCACGAGAUGCUGCUCGACCAGAACGGUGUAUAUGCGGAGAUGUGGAAUCAACAGUUGAAAAAUUUAGAACUAGGCUCGAAUGCGGCGGAUGAAGGAGCAUUGGUAGAUGGGAAUGGACAGGUAGCUAAUGGAACGCCGAACAAAUUGCCUGCAAUCGCACCACCAAAACCUCAUCAUCACCAUUGA